AUGUAUCGCAUACCUUAUUUCCCUUUAGAGCUCAUCUUGCAAGUCCUAGAGGCUUCAUUGCCCCCUGGAGGUCCCGGCCGAGUCUUCGACCCUUCUUGUCCGGAUGGCCAAUUACUCGUCGCAUGGACUCAACAGUCCACACUCCCACCAACUAUACCCCUAUCAUCCAUCUCAUCCAUAUAUUUGAGACUUGGCAGAGCAGACAUGGAGUCUCCUCAGAUUGCCUCACUUGUCGGGGAUCUUUUUAAACAUCUCAGCAAAUCUCUUCGCCGCCUCAUCCUUGACCUCCCCUGGGGCAGAACUCCCCCAAACGACACGAUCAACUCGCACCUUCAUCACAUGUUUUCAGAGAGCUUCACAGCCCUGACAGGGAUCGAAGAGCUCAUCGCUGUUGGAGGGUUGCCUGCCGUGGACCGCUGGAGCCAUGUCCAUCAUCUAUGUCAGAAGUGGUCAAACUUACGGCGGUUGGCGGCAUUCCAAGUCAACUUGGCUGAGCAGGGGCUGUGGCACAGUAUUUCUAGAUCAAAGAGCCUGGAGCAGUUGGUGAUAGCCCAGCCUUUCUUGCUUCGCCUAAAUACAUGGAAUAUCAAGGCUUCUAUUCACGAGCAUUGGGAUCCUAAAUUUGGAGGCAACUCAACCUAUUCCCGGCCUCUGAGCAUCACAAUUGCCAACCAUGAGUUCAGUCCCCCAAUUAUUGACACAACUGGUGAUGCUCUUCACGACCCUCGGGGCUUGAUCAGCGUCUCAUCCCUCGAUGUACCUAUUACGGAUACAACAAAUGCAAGGGUUGACUACAUUUGCCGAGAUUGGCUCCUCGAAGAGGCGAAACAAGACACACUUUGGGGCGAUGCUGGGGCUUAAUCAAGAAGGGUAACAUAAAUGACGUUGGCUGACUGGAUGCGUGACAUGAGCGAAGAGUUUGGAGGAUAUGAUCGACGGUUAGGGUUGUGAUAGGAGCGGGCGCUUAUAAUAGCAUGGUGAUGAUAAAAUGUUGGAGAAUCCGCCUUAAUAAGUUGUCAAAGUGUAGCAAUUUUGAGGUAGCUUCAAUUCAUAAAAGUCCACUGCU